AUGGAUGUUAAUGUCAUAUCAAACAUUGUUCAAAAUGAGAAUUUCUAUACAAUCUCUCAAGUUGUCGUGGCGAGCAAUGCAAUGACAAAUGAUAAUGAAGCUGAUGCAAAUGAAGCCUUUGAAGAAGAUGGCAUAGGAGAAGAAGAUGAUGAACACGCUUUUGACAACAACUUUCAAGUUCCUUCAACUUUUACUAUUAUAGAAGAAACGAAUAUAACCACCGACAACAAUUGGAUUGUGACACAAUUAGCGAGAAAAAAUGAUUUUACACAAGAGUUAGGGAAAGAUUUUUUCAAGGAUAAGGAAGAACUUAUUAGGGCUAUCAAGCUUUAUAGUAUUAGGACACAUAAACAGUUUGAACAAGUUCGUGCAAUCAAACGAAAACGAAGUGGAUAUUUUGAAAUUGCAAAGUACACGAGUCCACAUACUUGUUUACACAACAAUAUUUCGCAAGACCAUCCAAAUCUAGAUGGAAGCUUGAUAGCCCAAGAAAUCAAACAUCUUAUUAAAGAGCAACCUUCAAUUACUAUUCCUGCUUUAAGAGCCGAAAUAGUUGAUAAAUUAGGUUAUAUUCCUUCAUACAAAAAGGUUUGGACCGGAAAACAGAAAUCAAUUGAACAAGUGUUUGGCAAUUGGGAAGAAUCUUAUUCUGCUUUACCCAAAUUUCUAUGCGUAGUUCAAAAGUUCAAUCCGGGGACUAUAGUUGAGUGGUUAGUUUCGAGCUCAACCAAUGAAGAACCCAUGGAAUUUAGACGUGUUUUUUGGGCUUUUGCCCCUUCUAUUAAGGGGUUUGUACAUUGUCGGCUGGUGAUUAGCAUUGAUGGCGCACAUUUGUAUGGUAAGUACAAGGGAACGAUGAUGAUUGCAAUGGGAGUUGAUGGUAAUAAUCAGAUUUUGCCACUAGCAUUUGUAAUUGUAGAAAAUGAAUCAUAUGAUAGUUGGAAUUGGUUUCUUUCUUAUAUCAAGAUUCAUGUGGUAAAAGAACGUGAAGGUAUUUGUUUAAUUUCUGAUCGUCAUCUUGGAAUCCUAAAGGCAGUCAAUCAACAUGGAUCGCCAUGGUUAGAGCCACGUGGUUUUCAUAGGUAUUGUUUACAUCAUUUUAUCAACAACUUUUAUGAGAAGUUUCGUAAUUCAGAAUUGAAAGGUCUAGCUUAUCGUGCCGGGAGUCAAAAUCAAGUUCGAAAAUUUAACUUGACCAUGGAAGAAAUUAGGAAGCUAAAUCCACAAGCUAGACAAUGGCUAGAAAGUCAUCCACUUGAUAUAUGGACACUUGCACAUGAUGGUGGGAGGAGAUAUGGGUUGCUCACAACAAAUUUAUCGGAAAUUUUUAAUAGUGUCCUUAAAGGUGCCCGUUUUUUACCAAUCACGGCUUGUGUCCAACUUACUUUUUAUAGAUUGGUGCAUUACUUUGAGGUGAGACGCCCUUUAGGAAAUAGUUCACGGGCUAAUGGAGAUGCAUAUACCCCUCAUGUUCUUCUCAAACAAGUAGCUUUAAUGUCAAAAGCAAGUGCACAUUCCUUGAGAUCUUUUAAUCGAGAGAAAUGUAUAUUUGAGUUGAUAACUCAAAGAAGAAGAAAUGUGCAAGUAGUUAAUUUGGAGCAAAAAACUUGCACAUGCGAAUGA